CUAAAACCACGAAAGUUCCUGUCCCGUGCGCUGCCCCCUGGGGCCGCGGCCCGGAACGGCCGGGCUGUGAGCAUCGUUAGCCCUCAGGGGUUGGAUGAGGGGCCCGUGGCGGGAGCUCACUGGGGCUGUGGUGCGCUGGUACCGGGAAUACAGCCGAAAAUACAACGGCAAAGAAAAGGUGUGUGUUUUCCCGGGAGGUAAAAAACCAGUACAUGGUAAUUCUAUCACCUUCUGGCCAUCCCAAUGAUGAAAUCAGAAGCUAAGGAUGGAGAAGAGGAAAGCCUGCAGACAGCAUUCAAAAAGCUGAGAGUUGACACAGCUGGAUGUACCUCUUCUCUCUCUGUGGGUGAUGGGACAAGUCCCAGAGCAAUAGUUAGAGCAGUGGCAGAUGAGACCAAACCUAAGAAUGUGUGUGCUUCUAAGGAAACCUGGCAUGGGUCUAUGAAGAAGCCUUCGAGAGGAGUUGUGAGAACUCAGCGUCGCAGACGUUCCAAGUCUCCAAUCCUUCAUCCUCCAAAGUUUAUCCACUGCAGCACAAAAUCAAACUCCACAUGCAGCCAGCUGGUGCAGAAGAGCCAGGCUGAUGCCCAGGAGGACAGCAGUGGGUUUGGGAUGGCAGUCCCAAAGGAAGCUUGUGCACACGAAUGCUGCAGCGUCGCUCCGGACGCUGGCCAGAAGGGAGCUGAUGAGUCUUUGGCAGUUCCUUUUGCACAGUUGACAUCGGAGAACACACAGGAGAACUCUCCAGCUGCAGCUUCUCCAAUAUCCAAAACAAGCCUAAAGACUAGAGAGCUUUCUGACUUCCAGUCUAUGUCCAAGCUGAACGCGAGUGAGCCGUGUGCAUGUGCAGAUAAAGCCUGUCAGUGCAAACUGUGGCAAGAUAUGGAAGUGUACAAAUUCUCUGGCUUGCAGAACACCCUCCCGCUGACACCCGAUAGAACGGUUUCUGAGGAUCACUCCCAGCCUUUGCCAUCAAGAACUCCCUCAACUUCUCCACGCUCUUGCUCUGAGCAAGCCAGGGCCUUUGUGGAUGAUGUGACAAUUGAAGAUCUUUCAGGAUACAUGGAGUAUUACUUGUAUAUUCCAAAGAAAAUGUCUCACAUGGCAGAAAUGAUGUACACCUGACAGCAACGAGCACUAAAACCAGGAGGAUGGCUGGUUUAAAUCUGCCCUCAGGCACGUGAUGUGAAUAUGCAACCCACUCCCUGCUCACUGUGCUUGCAAUAAAAACACUUCUUUGCAUCUCA